AUGGAGCUCUCCGACUCUACAUCUACCGCCACCACCCCGUUUGCACAUACACCCGAUAAUGAUGGAACAAACCAAGAUAAUUCAGCUGCAACGCCGCAGAAACAUGUCCAGCACAGGACCAAAGCCCCCACAACUGGAAAGCGCCCACAGUUCAUGCAGCACAUUCCAUCCAACGAGUACGCAUUUCCCGCCGGAGGAGUCAUCAACGCCACCAUAGUCGACAUCAUCGUUCUACUCCCCCAAUGGUUCCGUAACCCGGGUAUCCUGUUUCGCCUACUGAACAAUAACAUCACAUCGGGGGUUCACUUUGCCAUUCUGGACGAGCACCGACAUCUCAACAUCCACCACACUGACGAGGUCGAGCGCGCACGCGACCAUCUCUCCGACACAUAUCGCAGGGUGAUGCGGAAAGUGGAACCAGGGUGGACAAAGGCGCGGCACCGGGCGCCAGAAGACUGGGACGAGUUCGCCAUGUCCAUCCACAACUUUGUGCCCGAGGCUGCAGACAAAGUCCGAUACAUAGUACCGCCAUCCAUCCCGUUCCGCGAUCUCGCCACGGGUCUGAAGAAGCUGCCUCAGGGCGCUGACGCAGGCGAUCUCACGCGUGCACUGGCGUACGCAAUGCAGAACCAAAAGGUCGAUGGCUACGGCCAUGUGUCAGAGUUCAUGUUCCCUGAUGAUAUCCACGUCGUCUUGGAGCUUGCGGGUAGGACUCACAUCACGCAGGACCAUCUUGAUCGUGUCGUGGUGACGAGAUACGCGCUUGCUCUCCGCAGUGCAGAUACCGCGCGGCGCAAACAAGUCACUGAAGACCGGCAGAUGCAGGAGAAUGGAGCGGGGAAUAUUGGAACACAGGCUGUGUGUGUGGAUCAGCCAUAUUCAGUACCGUCUGCGCAGAAUGCAGUAGGCCACAGUCUGUAUCAGGCGUCGUAUGGGGACAUGCCCGUGCAAACGUAUGCUCCGCAGCAGAUGCAGGCCGCGCCCAAUUUUUCAAAAAUGCAGGGUGUCUAUCACGGAAUGACUUCUCGGCAUAUUGGGCCCCUCAUGCCUAUCUCUACACAGCAAUGGCGAACCCCUGGAUACUCGAUUCCAGGCACUGAGCUCGGGCAGUACAGCUUCAGUCAUUCACAUGCCCAAGAGCGAGCUCGAUCACACGCACAAGUAGCUGCAGCAAGCAUAGCAUCUGAACUGGUGGCGCGGGGCAGCGAGGCAGCCGCUGUAGGGUUUCCCGGGAUUCCGGACGUCUGCACGUACGACGAGGUUGGAACCCAGCAUCAGGCCUGGGACUCAGCCGAUAUGUUGCAGUUUCCGCAGGACUGGACUGGCGAGCAGCAAAUGGAGGCGCUCAUGGCUGCGAACCAGACUCUGGAUACGAGUGGCUUGCCCACGCCGUUUUCGUCGCCACCACAGCACACAAGCUGGAUGCAGCAACAAGCCAUGGACGCUACUGGUCUCUCCCCGCCUCCACAAACCACAAAAGGCGUCGACGAGAAUGGUCUCAGCCUUCCCUCGCAUGAUUUGUGA